AAGUGCCUGUGGGUCCUCAGGUAAUAAACAAACGGGGGUCCUAAUUCGGCGACAGUCGAACACUCGAGGCGUCGCUUUGUUUUACAAACUGAGUCAAAUCAUCCGAAGCAGCAGCGACAUCUUCCUCCGCGUGUGACCGAGGGAUGUAGAUUCAGUCGUUCGCCGCCUAGCUGAGCCUUUAGUUCGGUGCCCGGACGUCGAAUCGUGUGUUUUAACCCGACAAGCUAACGUUAGCAGCACGGGAGCGGACGAGCUGGGCCUCAAACCAACGUUCAUCUGACAUUUAACUGAAAUAAACAACAGGGAGUCGUGGAUGAGCAGCGAUGUCUGGCAUUGCUCUCAGCCGACUGUCCCAGGAGCGUAAAGCCUGGAGGAAGGACCACCCGUUUGGUUUCGUUGCUGUUCCCACUAAGAAUCCGGACGGGACCAUGAAUCUGAUGAACUGGGAGUGCGCCAUUCCUGGGAAGAAAGGAACCCUGUGGGAGGGAGGACUCUACAAACUGCGAAUGCUCUUCAAAGAUGACUACCCGUCCUCACCACCCAAAUGCAAGUUUGAGCCACCAAUAUUCCACCCGAAUGUUUACCCCUCAGGCACCGUGUGUCUGUCCAUCCUGGAGGAGGACAAAGACUGGAGGCCAGCCAUCACCAUCAAACAGAUCCUGUUGGGGAUCCAGGAGCUGCUGAAUGAGCCGAACAUUCAAGACCCAGCACAAGCAGAAGCCUACACGAUUUACUGUCAGAACAGGAUGGACUAUGAGAAGCGGGUACGGGCACAGGCCAAGAAGUUUGCCCCCACAUAGAGAGGAGGGCUGGCCUCCAUCCUGCCAGAGCUGCCUGAGCUGAUGGUCACAAACAAACAGGAGGCAAGCGACACCUGCAGGACCACUCCAAUAAGAAUCCAGCUUUGAGUAUUAUCAUAUUAUUAUACCAUUACACAGAAGACAGCUUUCUUUCUUUCUUUCUCUCUUUUGUUCUUUCGUUCUCUCUUUUAAACAACAAGAGAUCAUACUUUUACCCAUCUCGCAGAAAUAUUUAUGCGUUUUAAUCCAUAGCUGAUGAUCCUGAACUGUAGAUCUCUGCUGUCAACGUGAACUUUACUAUUUGUUUACUUUUUUUGUAUAAUUCACAUCAUCCCCAGUUUUGUCCUGAGAACUUCAGAGCUCUCUCUCGUGCCUCCAUUAGGACGUCAGUCAUGCUGACGUGCUGUAGAAAUACGAUUUCGUUUCAAAAAGACCUCUCGGUGUAAUGUGGAGUCCGCUCUGGCUGAGGAAGAGUGUUUCUGUAACUUUUCAGUUGUUAAUAAAACCCCUGGGAAUUUA